AUGGUCCGCAUCACCGACAUCCUUAAGACCCAGAACAAGACCCGCCUGGUCGGCCCCAACUGCCCCGGUAUCAUCGCUCCCGGCCAAUGCAAGAUCGGUAUCAUGCCUGGCUUCAUCCACAAGCGCGGUCGCGUCGGUAUCGUCUCCCGCUCCGGUACCCUGACCUACGAGGCCGUCAACCAGACUACCCAGGCCGGCCUCGGUCAGUCCCUCGUUGUCGGUAUCGGUGGUGACCCCUUCUCCGGCACCAACUUCAUCGACUGCCUGAAGAUCUUCCUCGAGGACCCCGAGACCGACGGUAUCAUCAUGAUCGGUGAGAUUGGUGGUUCCGCCGAGGAGGAUGCCGCCGAGUUCUUCAAGGCCAACAAUGUCCACAACAAGCCCGCUGUUUCCUUCAUUGCCGGUAUCUCCGCUCCCCCGGCCGCCGUAUGGGCCACGCCGGUGCCAUCGUCAGCGGUGACCCUUCUUGCCGAGUUCGUCAAGCGUGAUCUCGUUUAG